AUGGGGAUUUUCCCUGAAGAUUGUGAGGUUGAAGUUUCAAAAUUGAUUAAUUUAUGGGCUGCAGAGGGCUUCUUAUAUUUGAAUUCAGAGAAACAGUUGGAACAGAUUGGAGAGGAUUACUUGGAAGACCUUAUCGGCAGAAACUUAGUUUUGGUUGAAAAGAAGCCUUUUGGGGGAAAAGUCAAAACUUGUCGCCUCCAUGACUUCUUACGGGAAUUGUGCUUGAAAGAAGCUCAGAAGGAGAACUUCAUGCAUGUCAUACAAAGGGGAAGUGCCAAAGGUGUUCAAACAGGCACGCGUAAUCAACGUCAUCUGAGUUUCCAUUUGGAUCCCUACAGUGAUGUGUCUGCAGCACCUGCAAUCCCACAUGUCUCAUCUUUUCUGUGUUUCACACUGGGUGCUAAUAUAGUACCUGAUAUUCUAUUCUUUCAGUUAGGCUUUAAGUUGCUUAGAGUAUUGGACAUAUUCUUUCUGCAUUUCGAUUACUUCCCUGUUCAAAUACUAAAACUGAUACAUUUGAGGUAUCUUGCACUCAAUGUUACUUAUGAGCUUCCUGCCUCAGUUUCCCAACUGAGGAAUCUCCAGACCUUAGUCAUUCAUGGUCCAUGGCUUUGUCAGGAAUCUGGCGGUAGCCCAACACCGUUACUGGAGUAUUGGAGUAUGCCUUCACUGAGGCAUGUGCAUAUUACUGCAGCUUGUCAUCUAAAGAAUCCUUUCACUGUACAAGAUAACCUUCCUCGUCCAUUUGCUUCAGAACAGCUGCAAACUCUCUAUACAAUACAAUUUUCAUGUUGCACAAAGGAAGUUUUCAGUGUCAUGCCCCAUCUUAAGAAACUGGGAAUUUGUGAAUCUAAAGACGACUACAGCACAGACUGUUUGUCACAAGUCCUAAAUAAUCUUGUUUGCUUGCAAGAACUUGAAACCCUGGAGUGUUCCUUCCACACACAAAAUAGAGAAGUGCGAAAGAAUUUGGGUUUGGCUGCUUUGCCAGUGACUCUUAAGCGUUUGAGUUUGAGUUUGAGUUGGAGUUACUUACCAUGGGAAGAUAUGAUCUUUAUUGCCAUGUUGCCCAACCUUGAGGUGCUUAAACUCAAAAAUUAUGCUUUCCAAGGGCCAAAAUGGGAGCCAACUGAAGAAGGUUUUCAUAGUCUAAAGCACUUGCUAAUUGAAAACACUGAUUUGAUCCAUUGGGAAGCAACAAUAGUUCGCCACUUUCCAUGCCUUCAACAUCUUGUUCUGAAAUCAUGCAAGCUCUUGGAGGAGAUCCCUUUUGGUGUUGAGGAACUUGGUACCCUGCAGCGGCUUGAGGCCCACUAUUGUAGUGAACCUAUUGAGAAUUCUGCUAAAGAAAUUCAAGAACAGAUUGAAGGCAUUGAUGUUAUUAUCAGAAGUGAUCGUCUUCAGUUAGGAUUUGACAAGUUGAUGAGUUUCAUGACUGUUAACAUGUAUGUCAUGAAUUCCUCUCACAAGAAGCUUUGCGAUAAUAAUCUUUGUGUAUGUUCCUAUUUAUUGGAUGUAAUCCUUUCUUCUGCAAAGAAGUUACUGAUGAAGAGAGAGAAGCCUAGUCGAAUAAUGAAAAAGACAAACAGAUUUGAGUUGUUGUUACGAGUCAGUUCUAUUCUAGUACCCAAAUCUGCAGUGAAAACCUAUACAUCUCAACCAGGGUUCAGGAUUCAAGAAAGAGACAUAGGAAACAGAAACAAGCUUCUGCUUAGAAGUUGGCUUGCAAUAUUCAGCUGUGAGAAAUGUUGUAUCAUUCAGAAAAACAAACAAGCUCCAAAUUUUCAGUUUGCAAUACGGUUAGUAUGGGUGGCCUAUGCCAUUGCUUCUCUUUUGUAA